AUUUAGAGUGUUUGUUUACUUAAUAUAUUAUAUAGAUACACGUACAUGUAUAUAUUUUAUAUAUUCUUUUACACUUUUCGUUUAACAGUACACCCGUUUCCUCGCAGAAUUUGUUGGUUUUUGAACUCAAAGAAGAACAAAACUGAAUAUGUCAAGUGAAAACUUUGACAAGAUAAAAAAAGAAUCAAGUAAAAAAUAUAAGCAUGCAGAUAAAAGGACGUUUAUAAAAGUUGGCAAGAGUAAAUAUUUUUUGUCGAGAGAUAUGGCUGGCCACGGUACUUCAUUUUGCAAGCUUUAUGAAGAAAAAGGAAGUUCUUUGGAUUUUAAAGGGUCUGUAUCUAAACAGAUUUUCAAAGAUGAAGUUGUUGCAAAUGAGUCACGCUUAGAAGAUGCAUUUUCUAAACCAGACCUUAAAGAUUUUGAUAUCAUUUCGAAGCAAGAAUCAAGAGAAGAUACUGUUAUAAAAAAGAAAGACCUCAACGGAUAAUGCAAUGCCUAUGUUUGCCACAUGAGAGAUGCUGUAAAUUAUAUAAACUUUAUUCAGGCUUUGUAAAUAUGCUAUUCAUGUGAUCAAUUUCGGAUGUGCAUAUUGCUUAAACAUCAGCAAACACCCUUGCUGGCAUCAUUUUUAACUGAAAAAUAACUACACUUGUUACAAUAAAGAUAAAACAAUAUAGCGUUUCGAAUUAAACAUUUUACUGACUUUCUAAAUAUAUUCAAGUAUAUGUA